UGUUGUAUUUGGAAGCUCCGACUUGUGUGCGAGGAUAUGAAGACGGCCUUGACCUCUAUCUCUCUUUAACAAUCUUUAGUUUCCUCCUUAGAUACCGUCAUAAGCUUCACUCAAACUUUAAAAAAAAUGGAGUCAAUCGGAGGCCACAGCAAAGCAUGCUGCAACAUCCCGCCCAUAAUCUCCAAAGGAUACUCACCAAAGGGCACAUACGAGACUCUCGACGGCCUCAAAACAUACGUCACGGGACCAGAGUCCGCCAAGCUCGCCAUCCUCGUUAUUUACGAUAUCUUCGGGUACUUCCCGCAGACGAUCCAAGGAGCCGAUAUCCUCGCUACUUCCGAUGAGAAACAUCAAUAUCAAGUCUUCAUGCCCGAUUUCUUCGAGGGGAAUCCGGCUGAUAUUGCUUGGUAUCCUCCCGUGACAGAAGAGAAGAAGAACGCGCUGUAUGAAUGGUUCCCUUCCCACACACCCGCUAUCGCCAUCCCGCGCAUCCCGCAGAUCAUAGCUGCCGUUGAAGCGAAAUACGGGAAGAAAAACUGGGCUGCACUGGGCUUCUGCUGGGGCGGUAAAGUGGUCUCGGUAACAUCUGGUGCAGAUUCCUUGUUCAAAGUCUCCGCACAAUGCCACCCGGGCUUAAUGGCACCAGAAGACGCGGGCAAGGUCGCGAUCCCGACGUGUUUCCUGGCUUCUAAGGAAGAGAACGCUGAGGAAGUGGAGGCGUAUACUAAGGCGUUGACGGUGGAGAAGCAUGUUGAGACGUUUGAGACGCAGAUUCAUGGGUGGAUGAGCGCGAGGGGAAAUCUGGAGGAUGAGGAGUGUAAGAAGGAGUAUUUGAGGGCGUAUAAUGUUGUUUUGGAGUGGUUUGGGAAGUAUAUUGAUUUGAAUUCUUCGCGUCUGUAGAAUGCUGGACGUGCUAUUCAAUACAGGGCUAAGAAUAACUAGUUAUAUCUAUAUAGAAAUAAAACUUUCGGGUCUGGUAU